AUGGCUAUAGCAAUUUUGGCAUACUUCGUUGUCGUCGACUUUCCGAACUCGCAUCGCAAUGAAUUCCUUUCGGCAGAAGAGAAAGCGUUCGUGGUUGCUCGGUUGGCGAAUGAUCGUGGCAGCGAUGAACAUGCCGAGAAGACAACUUGGAGAGUUGUGCGGACUACAGCACUGGAUUGGAGGCUAUGGUCGUUCAGCUUCAUGUACUUUGCCGGCGCUGCAGGAAUCUAUGCAUUCGGGCUAUUCUUGCCAAUCAAUCAUUUUGCGAAAUGGCCUGGGGUUCUCGAGAGAGCUGUCAUUCUUGCUCGCAGCAUUUCCUCCGGUAUUCGCAGCACUGGAGGUCAUGGUCCUUUCCGGGUGGUCGGACAAGAUCCGGAAACGAGGAGUAUUCGUGAUUGGACAGGGACUUCUGGGGAUAUUCGGGUUGUGUCUGACAGCAUUCCUGAACAAUUCGGUGGGAAGUGGGAUUUAUCAUCGCUUGUGUUUCGACAGCAGGAUGCGCCGGACUAUUUCCCAGGAAUAUAUGCAGUGAUAGCAGUCAACGUACUUGGAGUCUCGCUCGCGGCUGUGACAGUGAUCGUACUUAAGCUGGAGAACAGAAAAGCCGAUCGCGGCGAAAAGGUGCUGGAAGGUUUAACAGAGUUCAGAUAUACUCUUUAG